ACGGCACACACCGCCUUCUAGCAUGGUAUCUGUCAAUGCACUUUCCUUCUGCUAAUAUUCUGUAAACAUUGCCACAAUUGCAGAAUAGUUCUUUUACUAUUUGAGUCAAAAUUGAAAUCUGCAAAUUGUUUCUGUAACAAAUUUUUAGAGUAUCUUGCACCCUCAGCUUGUUUUCUAACCCUCUGAAAUAAUUCAGCUGCUGUCACAAAUUGGUCUGAUACUAAUUCUCAGCAGUAUUAUUUUUUCCUACUGCAUCUAUUAACACCAUCUCACCUCCCUUGCCUUGUGCUUAUGCUUCCAUCGCUGACAUGUGGGUGUUUGGCUAUGGUUCUCUUGUGUGGAAAGUUGGUUUUCCAUACAAACGGAAACUCAAUGGGUACAUCACAGGUUAUGUGAGGCGUUUCUAUCAAUCAAGCGAGGACCACAGAGGUGUCCCUGGCAAGCCUGGUUUAGUUGUCACACUUCUGCCUUCAUCAAAUUCAAAAGAUCGUGUUUGGGGCGUUGCAUAUGAGAUAGCCCAGGAAGAUGAAGAAAUCGUGACAGUUCAGUUGGAUCACAGAGAGAAAGAUGGAUAUAACAAGCAAUCAGUAAAAUUUUAUCCAGCAAAUAACAGUUUUACUGGUGUUCAAAACAAUGAUUCCCAAGCUACAGAUCUAUUUGACGCUUUUGAUCUUGUGAUUUAUGUUGGGCUUGAUACUAAUCCAUGGUAUGUCGGACCACUUAGUAUAGAAGACAUGGCACGCCGCAUAGUGAAUGCUCGUGGUAAUAGUGGUGCAAAUCGGGAGUAUCUCUAUAACUUAGCUAAUUCAAUGAGAGACAUCGCUCCUGAGGAAGAGGAUGAACAUCUUUUCAGUUUAGAGGCAGCAGUCAAAGAAUUAGAAUUUUCUCAUCAGAGUGCUGACACCCUCACAAGGAACUCUGCAUGAUCUUGAUCUCAAUCUCAGAGCUACUUGACAGUUCUCUUUUGUAAGUUGGCCUCGCUUGUGCCAUCUUUUGACAAAGACAAAGACAUAAGAAACCAUUUUCUUGCUUUUGCUCCUUAGACUGUCAUUUGUCCUAUCAAAAUAUGUUAACUGAGACUGUUCAUUACCUCAUCAAUUGGAUUAAUUUGGACUGUAAUUUUUUUAAAGUUUUUGUUGACUGUCUUUCCAACUUUUUUCACAGAACAUUCCUGAUUUCCUUUUGUACUUUCACUCUUUAUCCAUUUGUGUGAGAACUUCAACAUCAGUGUUAAAUCAUAAUUAUAAAAAUUAGAAUAAUGAAAAAUAUUUUGUUAAAAAUAAGAAUUCAGUGACCAGUCAAGGGAUUUUUUUAAUUCGCAGAUAGCGAUGAGAAGGUAAUUGUGAUUCAGUGGAAUAAUUUUCUGUGAUAUCGUCUGAUAAUUAAAUUAAAAUUCUCCUAACUGUU